CAUAGGCUACGUGUUCAUCUUACGUCUUGUUCAAAACCUCCGUGUUAUGGCACUUACUCCAACCCUCACUGUUCUCCUCUCUCUCAUAUAUGCUGUGUGUUGUCAGUUAGAAGAUGUGAUUAUUGAAAGAUACUUUAUACCCGCAUUCUGUCCCAGAGAGGUUCAGGUCGGAGACUAUGUUCGGUACGAGUAUAACGGAACAUUUAAGGACGGGCGGAAGUUCGAUUCUAGCCUGAAUAAGGGUUUUCCAUUUGUUGGGCAGGUGGGUGUGGAAUCAAAAGUCAUUCCAGGUUUGGAUAAAGGAGUUCAGGGCAUGUGUGUAAAUGAGCAAAGGAAGAUCACAGUACCUCCUCACCUUGCUUAUGGAGUCUUGGGAUCUGGUUCAGUGAUUCCACCUGACACAACAUUGGUGUUUGAUGUGCAUUUGCUGGAUUUGUGGAAUAAAGAAGACAAAGUUCAAAUUCGUACACUUUAUAGACAGCAGAAGUGCAAGAGGAAAGUGAUGCCUACUGACUUUGUUCGUUAUCAUUACAAUGGAUCUUUGUUGGUGGGAAACAUUUUUGAGUCCAGCUAUCUUCAAAACACAACAUAUGACACAUAUGUUGGGUCAGGCAGUCUCAUCAAAGGCAUAGAGGAAGGCAUUUCUGGCAUGUGUGUGGGAGAAAGACGAUCAAUUAUUAUUCCACCAUUCUUGGCUUAUGAUGAUGAAGGAUAUGGUACAAAGAUCCCACCGUAUGCAACUGUGAUUUUUGAUGUGUUACUAGUGGAUGUGUUUAAUGUGAAGGAUGAUAUUAAUGUGGAGGUUCAAAAGAUCCCACAGCCAUGCAGGAGAAGGGCAGUGUUGGGAGAUUUCGUACGCUAUCAUUAUAAUGCAACAUUUCAAGAUGGCACUAUCUUCGAUUCCAGUUAUGCUCGAAACAGCACUUACAACACAUUUAUUGGCAUGGGCUAUGUGAUUGCUGGCAUAGACAAAGCCCUUCAAGGUGUUUGUGUGGGUGAGUGGAGACGAGUCACUGUGCCGCCUCAUUUGGCCUAUGGAGAGACUGGGUCAGGUGAGCUAAUCCCUGGAUCUGCUGUGCUCAUCUUUGACAUGCAUAUAAUUGACUUUCACAACCCUAAAGACCAAGUGCACAUCAAUGUGACUUACAAGCCAGCUGCCUGCAACCUGACAAGUGAUGCAAAUGAUCUGAUUUUGUAUCGCUAUAACUGCUCUUUGUUGGAUGGCACACGUCUCUACUCUUCAGAUGACUACCCAGAACCACCACAUGUCAUCUUAGGUCAGGGAAAGUUGAUAUCUGGCCUGGAUGAAGGUUUGCACGGCAUGUGUGUGUUAGAGAGGAGAGAGAUCACUGUGCCACCACAUCUUGCACAUGGUGCUAAUGACGCAAUGGGCAUACCUGCCAGUGCAGUGUUGCUGUUUGAGGUAGAACUGCUACAACUGCAAAAAGGUGUUCCUGAGGGCUUUUUGUUCAUCUGGCUACAUGACAGUCCUGAGCCGUUGUUUCCUGCGAUGGAUAUGAACCAAGACCACAAAGUUUCACUGGAGGAGUUUGCAGCAUUCAUUAAAUUACAGGUGGUUGAAGGCAGAGGCCGCAUCCAUCCAGGAAUAGACAGUGACAAAGCCCUAAAAGAAAUGUUCAGAAAUCAAGAUCGCAACACAGAUGGCAAGAUAACUGAAGAUGAAGUGAACAUCAUAGUAAAUGAAGAAAAGGAAGUGGCUACACAUAUGGAGUUGUGAGAACAACCAGGAAAAGAGGUGUUUAAAAAAUUGUAACUGUCUUUGUAAAAUUCGUUAAGAUUCUAUGAGGGGUAUUAAAAACAAGAAAAAAUGUAUUAAUACAUGUAUUUAAAAAAAACUGAGAAAUCACAUGUACAUAAGUAUUCAUAGUCUUUGCUCAAUACUAUGCACCUAUGGUAGCAAUUACAGCCUCAAGUCUUUUUGAAUAUGAUGCCACAAGCUUGGCACACCUGUCUUUGGGAAUUUUUGCCCAUUCCUCUUUGCAGUACCUCUCAAGCUCUAUCAGGUUGAAUGGGAAGCGAUGGAGUACAGCCAUUUUCAGAUCUCUCCUGAGAUGUUCAAUAGGAUUUAGAUCUGGACUCUGGCUGGGCCUCUCAAGGACAUUCACCGAGUUGUUGUGAAGACACUCCAUUGAUAUUUUGGCAGUGUGCUUUGGGUCAUUGUCCUCCUGGAAGAUGAACCGAUGCCCCAGUCUGAGUCAAGAGCACUCUGAAGCAGGUUAUCAUUUAGAAUGUCUCUAUACAUUGCUGCAUUCAUAUUUCCUUCUAUCCUGACUAGUCUUCCAGUUCCUGCUGCUGAAAAAUAUCCCCACAGCAUGAUGCUGCCAUCACCAUGCUUCACUGUAGGGAUGGUAUUAGCCUGGUGAUGAGCGGUGCCUGGUUUUCUCCAUCCAUAAUGCAUGGAAUUAACUCCAAAGAGUUCAAUUUUAGUCUCAUUAGACCAGAGAAUUUUGUUUCUUAUGAUCUGAGAGGUCUUCAGGUCUUCAGAUGCCUUCUGGCAAAUUCCAGGCAGGGAGUGGCUUCCGUAUGGCCAUUCUACCAUACAGGCCUGAUUGGUGGAUUGCUGCACAGAUGGUUGUCCUUCUGUGAGGUUCUCCAUUCUCCACAGAAGAACGCUAGAGCUCAGACAGAGUGACCAUCGGGUUAUUGAUCACCUCCCCGACUAAGGCCCUUCUCCCCCGAUCACUCAGCUUAGAUGGCCAGCCAGCUUUAGAAAGAGUCCUGGUGGUUCCAAACAUCUUCCACUUACAGAUGAUGGAGGCCACUGGGCUCAUUGAAACUUUCAGAGCUGCAGAAUUUUUUCUGUAACCUUCCCCAGCCUUGUGCCUCGAGUCAAUCCUGUCUCGGAGGUCUACAGACAAUUCCUUUGUCUUCAUGCUUGGUUCGUGCUUUGACAUGCACUGUCAACCCAUUAUAUAAUGAGGGACCUUAUAUAAUCAGGUGUAUGCCUUUUCAAAUUAUAUCCAAUCAACUGAAUUUACCACAGGUGAACUCCAAUUAAGAUGCUGAAACAUCUCAAGAAUGAUCAGUGGAAGCAGAAUGUACCUGAGCUCAAUUUAGAACUUCACGGAACUUUUUUUAACAAUUUUAUUUAUUCAUUCAUUUUCUUUUUGGCUUAGUCCCUUUCGCAACAAUUUAAAAAAUAUAUAUUUUUUACAUUGCCAUUAUGGGGUAUUGUGUGUAGAAUUUUGAGGAAAUAAAUGAAUUUCAUCCAUUUUGCAAUAAGGCUGUAACAUAAAAAAUGUGGAAGAAAUGAAGAGAUAUGAAUACUUUCCGGAUGCACUGUACAUUAGUAAGCAGUUUAUAAAUACAGCUACACAAGCAAUGUUCUUGACUUAUAUUCAGACACACACACAAUGCUCAAUAAUUGUAUUUUCAUACUUUGUUAAUGAUUAAUUUAUCAUUACUAAUUUAUGUAUUGCAUUAUUUGGAAACCACCAGAGUGGUUAAGAAUAGUUGAUGGUUUUUAAGAUCAUUCAGUAUGAGUUAGUAAAUGAUUAAUAAUAUAUUCAAAUUAACGUUUAUAUAUAUAUUAUUAUUCAGACAUAUAGUAAUAGUUACUCUGUAUGUUAAUAAAUGCUUCAUUAACACAACUUCAAGCAGUUUUGUAAUCUAAUCUAAAGUAAGGACUAUUUAUGCUUUGUAGAUCCCUUGUAAAUUAAUUUAAUGAAUAUGGUUUGAGUAACAACAGUGGUUUUUGCAUCAAAAGUAUUCACUAUGAGCUGGCCUAUCUAGAGAUUGUUGAACAUUUUUUAAUAAUUAUUGAUCUAGGCAGUCCAGAGUUUCGUACAACAUGAGCUUCACUGCAAUUGAGCAAAAGAACAAAAAAAAACAAAGAAACAGCAACAGGUUUGCAAAAGUCAGUUUUUAAAGAGCCCCUAUUAUACAUGAAAUAGGGUCAUAUUUUGAUUGUAAGGGUCUCCAACAACAGUUUAAUAUGCAUGCAAGGUCAAAAAACACUUUCAUGGUCUUAUAAUCUGCAUUUAUUUUUUACCUAAUUAUCCCAGCGACUCCCAUAUGAAUUGUUCAGCGAUUCAUUUGUUCCCAAACCCUUCCUCAGCGCGAAGCUAAUCUGCGCUGAAUGGACCAAUGACAGCCUGCUGCAAUUGGUCGACAAUGACAGCCUUCAGCACGAGACAGAGUGAAAUGCCAAGCAGCUAAUCAACAAAAUAAAAAUAGUCACCGUUCAUACAUGCUUCAUAGUAAGAUCUCCUUGCCAGUCACAGUCUACCUGCUCUUUUCUCACACACACACGCACACACACACACACACUACCCUUCUCAGAGGAUACAACACACACACACACACACACAAACGCACACAUUACCCUCCUCCUCAGAGGACACAACACACACGCCUAGAGCACCAGUUCAGCUUGCUGGGUGCGAUUUAGACAACUCACCUCGAACCUGAGCUGAACUAUUUUGAAACUUGACCGUUGCAUGCGUGUAGGAACAGCUGACGAUCCGUAAACAAAGCGGCACGCGUCACGUUUUCAACGUGGCUUUACACGCAAUAUGAGAAUAUAAAGCGUUAACCUGAUACAGUACACGCGGUUACAAGUAACAAAACACAACUAAAUACAUAAUUUGCAAGCUAGAGUAAACGAGGCAACAAUUUUAAUCGCACAUACUUGAACUUGUGAAAUGGAGGAAGUUAACUGAUCCAUGAUGCACUGAUCCAUGUUCUGACAGUCUUUAUUGAUCCUUCCUUUUACAAACGGCCGAUGAAGUCUUCUUUGUAAGCAUGUAGUUUCCAGAAGCACUUGAACUGCUCAAGGCUGGGCUAUAAUGCUGAAGUUUCAUCUUUGCGAAGACUGUCAAUAAUAUCCAUCUGCACAGCGUGACUUCAAUUGACCGGUGUUUGUGUGUAUGUGUGUGUGUGGGGGGGGGCUUUUUUUCUGUGUUAGUGGGCGGGGCUGCAGGUUUCAAAUCUCCCUGGUUUGCGCGUGCAACUACUUGUGUUUCGUAGUCGCGUCAUCACGAAACACUUAAUGACUCGUUAUCAAGACAACUCGUUUGAAGCACUAUGAGUCGACUCUUUUAUAGAUGAAUCAAUAGUUUUAAACACUGUUCACUUACAGAUUUAAGCCUUAGUUGGAUAUUUCACUUCACUUAGAGCUACACACUACAUGGAAGGGCAUUUAAAAACCCAUAAUAUGGGCACUUUAAAUAAAUAGUUUGCGUGACAGAUGUCAAUUUUAAGUAAAAGUGUUAGGUAUGACCAGGCCUAUCAUGUGAUUUGAUGAUGAUAUGUAUUUUGGGUGCCUGUGCAAAACAUUGUGUAAUACACAACAGUUAAACAUUCAAAAUACAUAAAAUUGCCCCAGUAGCCGAUUUCUUCAAAAUUCUUACAGACCUCUACAAUGAAUCUAAAUUGCCCACCAAGUUUCUUUCCGAUCAGCCAAAUUUAGCCUUUUUAAAUAUAACCUGCUCAAAUUAUAAUUGGCUAAUGGUGGCCAGUAUGCAAUGCCUCCAAGGACAAAGACACUGUAUGCUAGGGGUGUGAAAAUUAAUUGCUUCUUCUGUACAUUGUGAUGCAGACGCGGACAAUUUGGUAUCGGUUCAGUCAUAACCAUAACCGGUUAUUAUGUACUGACGUCAUUUAUCUCAUUUGCGCCAUGUCUCCAUAGCUUACUAUGGCGAGGGAGGCAAGCGCGAAUAUUUACAACGCUCCAACUACUUAAAAAUGCAGAAACUGUGCACAAUUUCAACUACUUAAAAACGCAGAAACUGUGUGUGUUUGCUGGACAGUCUUUCACUGACACUUACAACUUAAAGCAGAAACCCCUAUUUCACUGCGAUUGAGAAAAUGAAAGUACUCCUUUUCUCUCUCUCACUGUGGCCCAUUUGACCUGCUGGCGUGACUUUCCCUCUGCUCUCGGCUGUUACAGCGAUACUUCUGGAUACAGACACGAGCGCGUGUCUGCAGAGUUUUCUGCACCGCAUCUAUCAUGGAUUAGCUGUGAUCGACACUGCCGUUUAUCAGUGUUUAUCAUCGGUGAACAGCUUCUUUCUGUUGAGCGUGUGACCAAUCAUAGGGGUGUAAGAACGAACUCUCAAGGAUUAGUAAGCAAGAUAUUUAUAUUUGUUUAUUUGCUAUAAAUGCUCUGUGCAUGUACUUGAGUUUUUAAAGGUACAGAUUAUAUAUCUGACUGUUUGUAUUAAAGGACAAAAUUGUAUUACAAAUAGUAUGUAAAUAUAAAUGUAUUUAUACAUUUGUGAUGUUGUGAUGUGAAGAAAAUAUAAAAUUGUGCAUGGAAAGCAUCGUCAAUGCACCGUGAUGCACCAAGAUAUUGAAUUGAACGGAAUCGAUGGACUAGUUUACAAAAGUAAACUAUGGAGUGUAAAAAAACAUAAAUUUUAUUUUGGUUUUAAUGAUAUAGAACCACCUAUUUACUGAUUGGCAUGAGUUUUUGGAUCCGAGUAAAGGUAAGGAGUACAGAUCAUCUGUUUAAGUUUCAGACAUCUAGACCUUAUGGUUUGGGCUGACCGAUUCAAACUAAGGCAGAAAAAGAAUAAUUCAUUCAUUCAUUUUCUUUUCAGCUUAGUCCCUUUAUUAAUCCGGGGUCGCCACAGUGGAAUGAACCGCCAACUUAUCCAGCACAUGUUUUUCCAAUGGAUGCCCUUCCAGCUGCAAAACAUCUCUGGGAAACAAUCAUACACACUCAUUCACACUCAUACACUACAGACAAUUUAGCCUACCCAAUUCACCUGUACCACAUGUCUUUGGACUGUGGUGGAAACCGGAGUACCUGGAGGAAACCCACGCGAACGCAGGGAGAACAUGCAAACUCCACACAGAAACGUCAACUGACCCAGCUGAGGCUCGAACCAGCGACCUACUUGCUGUGGAGUGGCAGCACUACCUACUGCUCUACUGCGUCGCCAAUAACAAUAAUAGUAAUAAUAAUAAUAAUAACUGCAAGUGGCAAUUACCAGAGUUCAAGCAUUUU